CCAAAUGAGUGCAGUUUGUCGAAAAGGCAGUAGAAAAAUAAAUAUAACAAUUAAAUUACAAAUAAAUUCAAUUUAUUAAGUGCUCUGUGCGUAGAUAUAUGAGAUAUUUUGGGCAAGUGCACGCAUUUAAACAGCGUGCUUGGCCCCAUUACAUAUGACGACAAGCUGAACAAAGUCAGUAGCCGUUGCAGCAGUACAUAUAAAUAAACAACAGGCCCAAAUGUCCGGCAAGACCGAGACGGACAGUCAAGCCGCCAGUGGCGGUGGCGGCGGAGGAGGCACAGGCAACAAUAGCAACUCCAAUGGGAGCGCAACGCCAGCGCGACGCCUGCGCACACGCAACUCAACCGGCAGCGGCAGCGAGUCGGCCAAGAAGAGCAUCAACAGCAGCAGCCACAUAAAUAAUAAUAAUAAUAACAGCAGCAGCAACAACAACAACAAUAAUAAUAAUAAUAGCGAGACUGCAGCGGCAAUCAAUGAAGGAACAAUAACAACGCCAGGAUCUGGAACUGCAACACCCGGAUCCGUGGAGCGUCCAAUGCCCAGCGUGCCAAUGAAUCAUGCCAGCAGCAGCGUCUCAGCCAGCAAGAAAUAUCACAAUAGUUGUCCACAUCCCACGCCCACUGUGCACAAGAAGACGCUGCACACAAAGCCGCACAGUAGCAACAAAUUUGAUCAGGGCAAGAACGAGGAAUUCCAUUUUGAUACGCCGCCGGAGUGUCCAGUGUUUAGGCCAACGGCGGAGGAGUUUAAGAAUCCGUUGGCCUACAUUAGCAAGAUUCGUUCCAUAGCGGAGAAAUGCGGCAUUGCAAAGAUAUUGCCGCCGGAGAAGUGGUCACCACCAUUUGCCGUCGAUGUCGAUAAGUUGCAUUUCGUGCCGCGCGUGCAGCGUCUCAACGAAUUGGAGGCAAAGACACGUGUGAAAUUAAACUUUUUGGAUCAAAUUGCCAAGUUCUGGGAGCUACAAGGUUCCUCACUAAAAAUACCGAUGGUGGAGCGCAAAGCUCUAGACCUUUACACGCUGCAUCGCAUCGUGCAGGAGGAGGGAGGCAUGGAGCAAACCACCAAGGAGCGCAAAUGGGCCAAGGUGGCCAAUCGCAUGCAGUAUCCAUCCAGCAAAAGUGUUGGCGCCACACUCAAAGCCCACUACGAGCGCAUACUGCAUCCCUUUGAGGUCUACACCUCCGGCAAGGUACUGGGACCGGCUGCUGCAGCUGCCGCCGCAAGUGUUACGCCCGUUAAGCUCGAGGAUUGCGGCACCGAUUACAAGACACAUGAGAUACCCACACGCCAGCAGAUAGCGCCUCCAAAUGAGAACAACACACGUCGCUCCAAGCGUUUUGGCAACUCAACUGCCAGCUGUGGUUUGGUCGGGGCCAAACCAGGAGCAGCUGGUGUCACCAUCAAGACGGAAACCAAGGAGGAUUUCAAACGCGAUUUGCUGAGCAGCUUCAAUGCGGUGAAUUCUGCAGGUGCUGGCGCUAAUGCUGGUCAAUCAGCCGGCGGAGGCACUGCACCCGCACCCAAUACACGCGCUACCCAAAAGAAAGCCUCAACGGAGCCUCAGCAACCGCUCAUCGAUCCACUCAUGAAGUACAUCUGUCACAUCUGCAAUCGUGGCGAUGUCGAGGAGUCCAUGUUACUGUGCGAUGGGUGCGAUGAUAGCUAUCACACUUUCUGCUUAUUGCCACCUUUGAGCAGUAUACCAAAAGGUGAAUGGCUGUGCCCGCGUUGCGUGGUGGAGGAGGUGAGCAAACCGCAGGAAGCCUUUGGCUUUGAGCAGGCUGAACGUGAGUACACAUUGCAGCAAUUUGGCCAAAUGGCAGAUCAGUUCAAGCAGGAGUAUUUCCGAAAACCGGUGCACUUGGUGCCCACGGAGAUGGUAGAGCGCGAAUUUUGGCGCAUUGUGUCGUCCAUUGAUGAAGAUGUGACUGUGGAAUAUGGCGCUGAUUUGCAUACAAUGGAUCACGGAUCUGGUUUUCCCACAAAGAGCUCACUUUAUCUAUUGCCCGGAGAUCAGGAGUAUGCCGAGUCCAGUUGGAAUUUAAAUAAUUUGCCAUUGCUAGAGGAUUCAAUACUGGGACAUAUAAAUGCCGAUAUUAGCGGCAUGAAUGCGCCGUGGAUGUAUGUUGGCAUGUGCUUUGCUGCCUUUUGCUGGCACAACGAGGAUCACUGGAGCUAUUCGAUUAACUAUUUGCAUUGGGGCGAACCAAAGACCUGGUACGGUGUCCCCGGCUCCUGUGCCGAACAAUUCGAGGAGACAAUGAAGCGUGCUGCUCCCGAGCUGUUCUCAUCCCAGCCCGACUUACUGCAUCAGCUGGUGACAAUUAUGAAUCCCAAUAUAUUGAUGAACAAUGGUGUGCCCGUUUAUCGCACCGAUCAGCAUGCCGGAGAGUUUGUCAUCACGUUUCCGCGCGCAUAUCACGCCGGCUUCAAUCAGGGCUAUAAUUUUGCGGAGGCGGUGAACUUUGCCCCCGCCGAUUGGUUAAAAAUGGGACGCGAAUGCGUCAAUCAUUAUUCAAUGCUGCGUCGUUUCUGCGUCUUCUCGCACGAUGAGCUGGUCUGUAAGAUGGCCCUAGAGCCGGCCAAGCUAACAUUUGGUAUUGCCACGGCAUGUUAUAUUGACAUGGCUGAAAUGGUGGACACCGAGAAGAAACUACGCAAAUCUCUAUUGGAAUGGGGUGUCACACGUGCCGAACGUCGCGCCUUUGAGCUGGUCAACGAUGAUGAACGGCAUUGCCAGGAGUGCAACACCACCUGCUUCCUAUCGGCCGUUGCCUGCGAGUGCAAUGACAAACUGAUUGUCUGCCUGCGACAUUACACUGUUCUUUGCGGCUGUGCGCCAGAGAAGCAUACGCUCAUCUAUCGCUACACGCUGGAUGAGAUGCCAUUAAUGCUGCAAAAGUUAAAGGUCAAGGCGCAUAGCUUUGAGCGUUGGUUAUCCCGUUGUCGUGACAUUGUUGAUGCACACACUCCCACAUCCGUGACGCUGUCUGAGCUGCAGGAGCUGUGCAAGGAGGCCGAAACCAAAAAGUUUCCCUCCUCGUUGCUCAUCGAUCGACUAAAUGCUGCGGCAAUUGAGGCUGAAAAAUGCGUUACGGUCAUUCAACAGCUGGGCAUAAAUAAGGUACGCACCCGAUCCGAUCACAAUCAGGAGGCGGCACAAUAUAAGCUCACUAUGGAGGAACUGGAGCUUUUUGUGCAGGAGAUCGACAAUCUGUGCUGCAUCAUCGAUGAGGGAACCUCGGUGCGAGAGCUGCUCGUGCUGGGCAGACAGUUUGUGGAUCGAGCCGAGUCACAGUUGCAGCUGUCAUUGGAGGCACUCGAGGAGAACGAUCUGGAGACGCUGAUCAAUGAGGGCAGCUCGUUGCGUAUUGAAUUGCAGCAGUUGGAUCAGCUGCAGAAGCGUCUGAAGCAAUGCAAGUGGUACAAACGCUCGCAGGGAUUGAGGGAGACGAGCUCCAAGCUGACCUAUAAUGAUGUCAAGACGUUGCUGCACACAGCUGCCGCAGAUCUGGAUCCCACAGAUCCCUAUGUGGAUCGUGAGAUGCGUAAACUGCAACAAAUUGGAGCUGCAAUUGAAGCAUGGGAAUCGCAGGCAGCCAAAUUUUUCCGACGUCUUAAUCAGCAGCAUGACCUGGUCGAGAUUGAACAGUUUCUAAAGUCCGCCGGCGAUAUAAAUGGUCAGGUGCCGUCUCAUGGUUUGUUGAAGGACGCAUUGCGUAAGGCACGGGAAUGGCUUCGCUCUGUGGAGCAAUUGCAGCAGAAUAAUCAUGUGACCUACUGUCACACGCUGGAGGCGAUGAUCGAACGGGGCUUGAGUAUACCCAUUCAGCUGGAGGAGCUCAGCCGGAUGCAGGGGCAUCUGAAUAGUGCACAUCAAUGGAAGGAGAAUACGGCACGUGCGUUUUUAAAGAAGGGCACAUUCUAUACGCUACUGGAGGUGCUGAUGCCACGUGCAGAUGCCAUUAAUAUCGACUCGGAUCUCAAGCCACGUUUCCAAGAUGAUUUCCUCAAGGAUAAGAAUCCCGCCGAAAUUGUGGCCAGCUUCAAGCAUGCCGAGGAGCAGGAACUACGCGAUAUGCGCGACUUGAGGCGCCAGAAUAUGUCCAAGAAUAUGUUGCGCGAUUUCUUCUGCCUCUGCAAGACCGAAUUCCGUGGCCUGAUGCACAAUUGUCAGCUGUGCCGCGAUUGGUUUCACGACGACUGUGUGCCGCCGCCGCCAUCGCACUUGGUGGCACCACAACAGAAUGGCAACACUGGUGCAGCAGUCAAUGGCAACAAUGCCACAAUGCCAGGUCAACCCAAGUGGCUGUGUCCGAGCUGUGUGCGCUCGAAGCGACCACGUUUGGAAACGAUCUUGCCGCUGCUUGUGCAACUGCAACAGCUGCCGAUGCGUCUGCCCGAGGAUGAAGCGUUGCGUUGUCUGGCCGAACGGGCCAUGAACUGGCAGGAUCGGGCACGCAAAGCAUUAAGCAGCCCCGAUGUGAGCGCCGCUCUGGAAGCCAUUAUCAGCCAACAGCUAAAGCGUCGCUCCGAGAGCAACAGCAAUUGUGCCGCCGUCCUGGGCAGCAUCAGCAGUCCACGUAAACCGCGACGUAUGCACAAUUUGUCCAAGCAGGAGAAUAACACCAGCACCGCACGCUCCGAAUCGGAUGCAGAGGAUGUGGAUGACGUUGACGAUGACGAUGAUGAUGAUGAAUGCAGGCUACGAAUUGUUGAGGAUGGUUACAGCAAUGACGAGGACGAGCAACAGACGCGACUGGCGACGAGUAAUGCCCAAUGCAGCAGCACUGAUCUCUUGAAGCUGCUCUCUGACAGUGAAAUCGAGAAUCUGCUCGAGCUGAUGAUGGAGGGUGAUUUGCUCGAGGUGUCGCUGGAUGAGACGCAAGAGUUGUGGCGCAUAUUGGAAACAAUGCCACCGACAAUACUGCAGGCGGAGGCAAGGUCGCGUGUGGCACAACACAUGCAGCAGCUGCAACAGCAGCAGCGUCAGCAGCAAUCCUCCACAAUAACAGCACCAACGGUUGCCUCCUCUUCGAGCAUACAUAGCGGCGCCGAAGAUUCCAAUGACAGCUUGUUGGUGCAGAAUAGUCCAAGUCCUGGCACCGCCACUGCCACUGGCGGCAGCGGUGUCCCUGGAGCUCGCAACAAAAAGCGACGGUCCAACGAUGCCAGUGGUGGCAAUGCUGCUGUGCCGCGCAAGAAACAGAAUACGCCCAAGCAGACGCCGGGCAAAAAGUCAACAGCAUUACGCAAAAGUGACAGCAAGGCGAGCACCUCACCCGGUGUCGAUGCGGAUGCGGAGAACAAGCAGGCGAAUGGUGGCAACACCACAGCCACAGCAGCAACAACAGCAGCAGCAGCAACAACAACUCCAACGGCAGCGGGCGCAACAACAACGGCCACUGUCACGCCCUCGCCAGCAGCUGGACACAAGAAACGUAAACGCACCACAACAACCAACAACAAUAAUAUUAACAACAACAACAGCGGCAGCGGCAGCAACAACAGCAGCGGCAACAACAACAGUAAUGCAGUCGGUGGCACUCCAACAGCGGGCAACAACAAUACACCAACUGGAGGAGGCGGUGGCCAGAAGAAGCAUGCGCAACGCUCACAGCAAACGGCACAGGAAGAUGAUGAGGAGGAGUGCCGGGCCGAGAAUUGUCAUAAGCCAACUGGACGGGAGGUGGAUUGGGUGCAAUGCGAUGGCGGCUGCAAUGAAUGGUUUCACAUGUAUUGUGUGGGUCUCAAUCGCAGCCAGAUUAAAGCCGACGAUGAUUACAUAUGCAUACGCUGCUCCAAGACAGUCAGUGUGGGCGUGGCCGGUGGCAGCAGCAGUCUAACAGUGACAACAACAACAACAACCAGCAGCAUCACAUUAAACACAACAACGCCAGGCAAGCAGCGAGCAGCGCAGUCGGCGCGGUAGAGAAACCAACAACACAAGAGAGCGAGAGAGCGACGAUCGCAAGCAAAAUAAUAAAAAUAAACAUCAAUUUGACAACGGUUGGCAGCACCUUCGAUUAAAGCUUGUGAUUAAUCGAUAAACUGCAACCGCAGUGUUAAUACACACACAAACAAAUAGAAAGCCGACAUAGAAACACACGCAUUGCUGUUGUGCUAACGGUAUUUACUAUGUUAUAGUAAAAAAAGUCACUUAAACGUUUUUUGUAGUACAUAUUUACUAAUUAUUGCUAAUAUUACGCAACGCAAACGUAUUUCAAUAUGCAAA